AAUGCCAUGAAGCUCGCUGCCCUUGAACACACAGGGCAAAUCCGAUCCGGUAAAGUACAGAGGACGCACACAAGUCGAUCUUCUCCCUUUUGGAUACUUCACAUGCACCCCUCUCCGGUAUUAAAAGCAUCUCCCGCGGAAGUAGGGCACUGUCCUCUCGCCUGUGCGCAUCUUUACAAAACUCUCCGGCGGGGAGGAAUAAAGCAUCAAAGGAAAGGCGGAAGAACCGCAUCCUCGCUGCGGGAGGCGAUGGCUUUACGCCACGUUACCGGACCCGAAUGAGUGUCACCAGCACCGGACAGUAGCAGCGCGCGUCAAACGCACGCACAACGGACAGCGAGCGCGUGAGUGAAAGGAGGAACUUGGCGAAUAUUUUUGAUAAGUUUCAAAACACUAAAUACACACUUUUGUGUGCCACACAGACUUCCAGUAUACAAGUAUGCUCUGUCAGGAGCUGCUAUGGAUUUAAGUCCGAAAAGAGGCAUCUGCAUCAUCGACCAAUCACCUCAGGACGGUGUCCAAACGAACAGAAGUGAACUUUGCCUUGACGCGCAACACAAAGGUUUACGAUUUUCUCAUAACAAAAACCCUUUCUUGCCCUUUUGUAUCUAGAUACCUGACAUACCUCUGGAAUAUAAAUCAAAGCAUGACUGUGGUAAAGUUAUGGGAUGUUUUAACUUGACCACCGGUGAAAACAAGUCCCCCUACUGAACCCACCUAACUCCCGUUUCUCCGAACCCUCGGAAAUCCUCUCACGGUCGCGCGCCUACCAUGCGUGCAGACGCGGGGUUCUUCUUCUUGAUGGUGCACGUGCUGGCGCGAGCCCAAGGCCAGUACGACCUGUGCAAGUCUCUGGUGAGCACGGACGACGGCGCCUUGUGGGAGCAUUACGCGUGCCAACCCAAAGCCCAGUCCGUGAAGGAGUACAUGCGCAUCCAGGUCGAGCCGUCGGGCGUCACUUGCGGGAACCCGCCGGAAAGAUUCUGCACACUGGAGAAUCCAUACCUCUGCAGUGAUGAAUGUGAUGCAUCUAACCCCGACCUGGCUCACCCGCCGCAGCUGAUGCAGGAUCGAGAGCGCAGUGGUCUCAUUACAUACUGGCAGACGGUCACGUGGCGUCGCUAUCCUCAGCCUCUUCAAGCCAACAUCACCCUGACCUGGAACAAAACCCUCGAGCUCACGGACGACAUCCAGAUCACCUUCGAGUACGGCAGGCCCACCAUCAUGGUUCUCGAAAAAUCCCUCAAUUUCGGGCACACGUGGCAGCCCUUCCAAUACUACGCAGACGACUGCGUCGACGCCUUCAACAUGGCACCAAGACGCGUGCGUGACCUGAACGCGGCCAACGCCACACGGGUCAUCUGUACCGAGCUGUACUCCCGCUGGGUCGGGUCUAAGAACGAGAAGGUGGUACGGUUUGAGGUGCGCCCCAGAUUCGCAAUCUUCGCCGGUCCGAGGUUGCUGAACAUGGAGGGGUUGUACACGCGCAUGGAGAGCAUGAAGGGCCUGCGGGAUUUCUUUACAUUCACGAAUCUGAGGCUCCGUCUCCUCAGGCCUGCUCUGGGUGGAACGUACGUCCAGAGAGACAACCUGAUGAAAUACUUCUACGCCAUCUCUAAUGUGGAAGUCCUUGCCAGGUGUAAGUGUAACCUGCACGCGUCUCAGUGUUUGUAUGUGGACGGAAACUUACAGUGUCAAUGUGAACACAACACAACGGGACAGGACUGUCAGCGAUGCAAGAAAGGAUUCAAAGCCAAGACCUGGAAACCAGGAUCUUAUUUACCCACACCAAACGGAUCCCCGAACACUUGUUCUCAGGCAUUGGCUGGAUCUUCCUCUGGUUCUAACUGUGAAUGUAACGGACACUCCAACCGCUGCAGUUACAUUGACUUUCUGAACAUCGUCACGUGUGUGAGCUGCAAACACAACACGCGGGGUCAGAACUGUGAACACUGUCGCAUGGGCUUCUACAAAAACACAUCCGCAGAGCCCGAUGACGAGAACGUGUGUAUCGAAUGUAACUGUAACCCAAUGGGCUCAGCGCACGACCGCUGUAAUGGAACCGGCUUCUGUCAAUGUAAAGAAGGCGCUGCUGGAGUCAAAUGUGAUGAAUGUCUCCCCGGUUACUACUGGAAACAGGGCUGCUUCCCGAACAUGUGCGACGAGGAGCUUCUCUUGUGCCAGAACGGUGGGACGUGCUUUCAGAACCAGCGUUGUGUCUGCACGCCAGACUUUAAGGGCGUUUUGUGCCAACAGUCACGCUGUGACGCAGGUAAAAAGUGCAACGGUGCCAGCGGGCUCAAUCUGAGCCUGACCCUGCUUCUCUGCCCGCUCCUCGCCAUCCUGCUGGGCCCGGACGCUUCCUGAGAUACCCCUGCAUCACCAGCAGCGGGCGCAGAGAGGGCACAACGCUCACCAGCGCCCUCUACGGGUGCAGAACACCCCGCGGGAGAUCGUGAACGAGAAUCAGAGACUCUACCAGAGCCGGAAAAAUAUAUACAUGCGCCUACAACGUACAAAGACAAAACACACAGCACACAAAUAUCCAACUAAACUCGAAAUGAGUUUUCUUCUGCAAUAGCUCAGCACACUUCCUUCACUCCGGUUGGCUUGAAGUAGAAGCGUGUCCAUCAGGGUUCGAUUUUACGCUUUACAUUUUUACACUUCUUCACUGCAGUUUUUAACAUUCAGUAUGUAAUGAGCGCACACUGUUAUUCGCAAAAAGCAAAGAGUUUGAAUAUUAUUGUGAUAUUUGUUAUAUCAUGAAUAUAAAAAUUUUAGGCACUGUACUGCUGGUUGUUAUAGGAAUGUUUGUUGCCACUGUAUAGAAAGCAUUAAUAUUUACAAAGUCUUCAGGACACGCACAUGGUAUCUAAGUCGUGAAAGAUGAUAUCUAAUCAAAUCAAAUUAUUAUAAACCCACAUUAUUUCAAUAUUUUUGGUAGAGAAUAUUUUUGUUUGGAUCUACUCGAGAAGCAGAAAGAUUUAUUACACAAGCACACAAAUUAUCGUGUAAAGUUUGCACUGCACAGUCGGGUAUUACAAAAGGAUGAAUUUACACGCUAAAUGUACUAAUAUUACAAUCAGAAUACUGAAUUUACGAGAUGGUAUGAGAAAUGUACGGGACGGGGUUUAUUAUGCUGUAAAUUUGAUGGUUAACGAAUUUGCAGAAUUGGAACCAAUUAAAUUUUGACACUGUAAACUUUACAGUAAAUGUGACUGUUACUUGGCCACGUUUCACUUCUUGUUUAUGUGUCAUUUCUU